AUGCGGGUGCAGAUAAAACUCGAUUUUGAGCUACGGAUGCGGCGUCGACCACCGUUGCUGCCGUCACCACGACGACGUCCCCCUGUGCACAAGCUCCUCAACUCCGACGCACACCAGCCCUCAGCUCAGCCGUUGGAUUUCAAAUUCAAAGUUUACUCUUCGAGGUAUACACAUUUCUUUGGUUCCAUUCAAUCGCCAAAAUUUCGUAAGAUUCAGAAAGAGAAGCUAGGGGACAUGACCAUAAUAACUCUUCAACAAUUGGUUUCAUCUUUUAGAGAGUUAUGGAAAAUGAUGGUACAUCUCAAACACAAUGUCCACCUAUCUCACAAGAAAGUACACAUCAACCAAUUCCCAAUGAAAGUGGUAACCAAUCAGUUGAUACUCCUCCUCCCACACCAAAUGAUGAUAUGGAGGUUGAUAGCUAAACAACCAUACUCAAAGUAUACAAUAUGGAGAGAUCAUCAACUUUGA